AUGGCCGUAGCCACGAAGCGCAAGGCCCAAGACACCGGCCUAGUCUCCAUCCCCAAAAACGCCACCAAAGUCCAAAAGACUUACCGCGCCAACACCACAGCCAAACGAGCCACACCAUCCACCCCCAUCACCAAAGCCUGCAUCGCAAAUGAGAUGCAGCCCCAGCUGGACCGCAUAGAAUCCAGCUCCCAAACGCCAUUCCAGAAGCGCGUGCUGUCGCUGCUGUGCCAAGUACCGCGCGGCCACGUGACGACGUACGCGCUGAUGGCGCAGCACCUGGGGUCGUCGCCGCGCGCGGUCGGCAACGCGAUGCGGCGUAACCCUUUCGCGCCCGAGGUCCCCUGCCACCGCUGCGUCGCCACGGGCGGCGGACUCGGCGGCUUCAAGGGCCAGUGGCCCCGGGAUGGUGAGGGUAUCACGCUGGAUGAGAAGAGGGUGCUGCUGAGGGGGGAGGGGGUGCGGAUGGAUGCCGGCGGGAGGGUCCUGGGGACGCAAUUUGGGGGUUUUGCUUGA